AAUAAUGGCUUAUUUCAAUUAUUGACAGAACGUUAACGUGCGUGACUUGCAACCCUGGCCCUGAGAACAACUGCGACUGGCAAAUGAUAUUUCAGGGGAUGAUUAUCAAUUGUUAAUUGAAAUUUUACGUCGUUUGAGAUCAAAUCUUCUAUCAAGAGAUCAAGAACAACUAUUUACGUAGUUUUCCGAGCUGCCAGGAAGGUGAAACUUGAACCAAGUUGAAGAGAGCUCGAGAGUCUUGGCCGAAGAUACAUCGCACCAGCCACCACCGCCGCGCCGGAACGUUAAUCCGAUCUCGACGAAGCCAAGGCCAAGGGGGAAAAAACAACACCCAAAAAGCAAAAUCUGCUCUCCCCAAACCAAAGCUAAGUUUUGAUAAUGUCACGAGGAUCAAGUGCUGGGUUUGAUCAUUUCAUUACUGUCUUUUCCCCAGAAGGGCGGCUGUAUCAAGUUGAAUAUGCAUUUAAAGCAAUCAACCAAGGGGGUAUUACAUCAGUUGCAGUGAAGGGUCCAGACUGUGUUGUGGCCAUCACACAGAAGAAAGUUCCUGACAAGCUUCUUGACCCAAGCACAGUAACACACAUGUACAAAAUCACAGAGCACAUAGGAUGUGCAAUGACUGGUAUGACAGCUGACAGCAGGUCUCAGGUAUUCCGCGCCAGGGUAGAGGCAGCCAACUGGAAGUAUAAAUAUGGUUAUGAGAUCCCUGUUGAGAUGCUUUGCAAGAGGAUGGCUGACAUAUCACAGGUCUACACACAGAGUGCACAAAUGAGACCCCUAGGAUGCAGUAUGAUCCUCCUUGGUUGGGAUGAGGAGCUCGGACCUCAGCUCUUCAAGACGGAUCCAGCAGGGUACUUCUGUGGGUACAAGGCUACCAGCGUAGGGGUCAAACAAACGGAAGCCAACAGCUUCCUGGAGAAGAAACUGAAGAAGAAGCAGGACUUCACCUACGACCAGGCUGUAGAGACUGCCAUCAAGUGUCUUUCGUCCGUGCUCUCAGCAGACUUCAAACCAACCGAAAUCGAGGUAGCAGUCGUAACAAGAGACAACCAAGUCUUCAGAACACUGUCAGAAGAGGAUAUUGACACUCACUUAGUUGCCAUUGCAGAGAAGGAUUAACCGUCAAAUCCAGUAGCAUGAUUAUUCCAAAAUUUUCCAGGAUUUCAAAGGCAGAGAUGAUCCAAAAUAUUUCAGAAAUUCAAACGUCAUUGUUACAUUUGGAAAGUGGAAAACCAGUUUUUAAUUAACUUUUUCAUUCCAAUAUUUUGAGAGAAAUCUGCUCUCGAAACAGAAAUGUCUUACAUGAUUGCCAUGUUAGGCAAUGAUGAACUGUGAGGUCCUCAGUGUUUGUUAUUAUUUUAUGUACAGAGCAGAAUGGUCUGUAAACAGAGUACACUACUACACAUAGUGAUACAUAUUUGUAAGUAUUUGAUACAUUUAUAAUUCAAAAUUGAGAAAAUUUCAUGCCAAGAAAAUAUGAUUAUAAUCAUAUCUGAUAAGUAUUUUUUUAAUGUAUCAUGUAAAGGUACUUUUCUGUAAAAUGAUAGAAACUUAUAGAUUAAUGGACCUGAGCAAAUGCUGAAAUACUUUUUCAGACACACAAAUAUAUAGAUGAAAUUUGCACAUGUGUAAUUUGAUCUACUGAAAGAAUACAUUUCCUAUUACAACAAACUUCCAGCGAUAUCCGUAUCAGAUGUUUUGAUUAAAUUUUUAUCUUUGCCUUUGAAAUUCUGCUUUUGUACAUUAGGUUAGUACUUUCUGUUCACACUGACAUAGUCAGUGGAGAUAAUCUUUGUGUAUUGUCUGUUAUGCCUUGUUUAAAUUUGUGAUCAUCAGACCAUGGACUAGUCUGUGAUUUUUUGGUGGCAACGUAGGUGGCAACAGGCUAUGAUUUUUGCAUUUACAUUAUUCAUGGCCUUUGUACAAUUUCAUGUAUUUGGCAUUGUGUAUGCCAGAUCCAAAGUCAUACAGGGGCCCUAGUGUGAUGGUACGAUGUACCUGAGCUGAUUGUACAACAACCCUACGCUGUUCAUAGGUUAUCCGUUCAAUAGACCAUGGCCUCGUAAUGAUCAUAUAAUGCACCUAUGAUGUACGUAAGGGCUUUGAUCCUGUAAUUUAGAAAGUUAUCUCCAUGCUGGACUGAAUCGUAGUCCCUAUGAUAAUCUUGAAUCUUUACAAACAUUGUACAAUCAUCGGAUGCUAAAGGAGAUGGUAUGAUUAGAAGGUUACAAUCAUCCUAUGGACCCCAUGCAAUGAUUGUAGACCAACUGUAAAUGGGGCAUUUUUGUUUUUGACGAUGAAUAGCCAAAAUAUAUGAUUAAUUGAAUACUGUUCAGGAUUUUCUUUUCUUGACUGUCACACUAAUUUUUUUCAGUCGGCAACUAACAAAAUCAUAAAGCUGGAAUAAAU